CGAUUCUGCUCUUCUUCCCGUUGCAGCCCGAGAGGAAAAAAAAUGGGGAACCCAGCCAUGCCUUUGAGAAACCGGUGAGAUAAGCUUGGUUUUCUCCUUCCUUUCUUGCUCUAGAACACACCUAGAACCCAGAAAUCUUCCCCCCUGCUGGAAAAGCCGGAUCUGCCCUGCUCUGCUUUGUCCUUCCGCCGGCUGCUCUUGAUUGUGGGUGAUUUCUGGGCAUUUUUUUGGUUCCGUGAGCUUCCCCCUGCAGAUCCCGCCGGCCUUCCCCAAUCUGCAGCUCCGGUUUUAGCUGGAGAAUUAUGGUAUGUGACAGCCUUUUAAGGCUUAAAUUGUCCAUUUAGUUUGCUGCCUUGUAUGUCCGAAUUGUGUUGGAAAAAUGGGGGAAAUUCCGGUAGCCUUUGAGCAUGUUUUAAGCUUGGUUUAAGUGUAAAUUAGCUUGAUUUAGAUUGUUGUGUGAUUUUUGGAGAAAAUCCUGUGGAAUUAGCUAGUGUUUUGGCCAAUUUGUGAAAGUCGGGGUUACUGUUCACGUCAUGGUGGUAUUAAUUCUCGAAAUAUCUUGAUUAGGUUCUUGAUCGUCCUAUCAGUUUAGUACGUGAAUUGAGUACUCGGUUUUGCGGAGUGAGGUAAGUAAAUUUAUGGUAAUGCCCGUACUGUUUUAAAAGCAUGUUUUGAUUUGUUUUUGAAGUGGUGGCGGGACUAAACCCGUUUUACACAAGUAUGACUGAUUUGAAGUGAAAUAUUUUGUGCUUUUCAUGAAAUUGAGCAUGCCUACUUGAAAUUUAAGUGACUGUCCUGAUGAUCUGAAAGUGAUUGUGAAUUGUGAUUUUCCUCUUAACUUUUGCCUAUUUUGUCUCCGAUGUGGUCAUGUUAUUCGUGACCCUGCUAGUGGGGGAGGUUAUAAACACUAGCACAUGUCGGCACCUGUCGAUAUGUUAUUCGUGACCCCGCUAGUGGGGGAGGUUACAAACGCUAGUACAUGUCGACAUGUUAGUGAUAGAGCCGGUUCAUUCAACCCAGCUAGUGGGGGUUAUACACCAGCAAAUCGUGGCCCUGCUAGUGGGGAUUAUACACUGGCCGUGACCUAUAGAGGAGACGUCUAUUUCGUGCCCGUACUGUAUCUGUUUUCGUGAUUGUACUUGUUGGCAUGCUUUAAGUUUGAUAAGGGGCACUCCAUAUUUACUUACUGAGUUUAUCUCAUAGUUUUUCCUUAUCCACCAUUUCAGGACGUGAAAUCGAGGACGGGGAAACCACGGGAAGUGACGAGUUAGAAGGCUAGCUAUUUCGAGAUUGAUUUAGAUUCUAGAGAUCGUGAUCUUGUAAGCUAGAGUGUAUUUGGAGAUUUAUGAUAUCAGAGAGAUUUUAAAGAUUUGAUCUUCAGAUUUUGAUGGUAUCAGAGUGUGAAUUUGAUAAGUUCCGAGCCUUGUGCAUUUGUGGGACUCGUAUCACGAGUGCACGGUGUCUGUCGCGCCUCAAAUUUGGGUUUUGGGGCGUGACAGAUUUAGUGGUAUCAGAGCUUAGGUUUGAUUAAGAUUUAGUGGUAUCAGAGCUUGGUUUAAAUUAAGAGUUUUGGAUUAAAUUAAGCACCUCCAGAUUGAGUGGCAUUAGAGCAGAUUGAGUGGUAUCAGAGCUUAGAUUUGAUUGAAUACCUAGGUUUAAUUGAAUACUUAGGAUUUGUUUUGGACUUGGCUAGCCAAUUGAUUUUAGAACCAUGGUGAGACAAGUGAUGGGGUUAUAUAAGGGACAAUUCUGAUUCAUGUUGCCUGAAUUUUCUCAUCCAUUUCGAUGAGAUGGUGAUCUGAUUGUUCUUGUUUCUUGCCUUCAUACUCUGUGUGAAGUUGUGAAAGUAAUCUUGCCCAUUAUGUCCUGAAGACCUUGUUUUGAACUUGGUCAUUUUCUGAUUGUCCGCACUUGUUUAGACUUGUUACGUGAAUAGAAUUUUUGUCUACUCUUUUGCCACAAUUGUAAAAUCUGGGGAGUUGCAGAGAUUUUUUUGCUAUUGAUCUUGUUGAUCUCUACAGCAUAGCUGGUGGAGAAUUUGUUUUGCUUGUUACAUGACCAGUGGAAGAUGGGCAACCCUCUACUUUGUAAGA